CAACAUUCCAGUUAAUCAAAAGGAAAGCACUUUGGCAACCCUGGCCAUGAUGCGUUGCCCCGGGCAACUGGACUGGAUUGUUUUGUCAAUAAACGGACACGCGGGCAAAGUUCAGGCGAAAACUACGCAUUAGACUACAAUAAAAUGCCGCUGCUUGAAGCGCCCGCCGAGUACGCGGAAUCCUCGCCGGAGCACUCACUGCAGCCAGAGAUGCCGCUGCUGCUGGCUCCGCUGCCCGGGCCUGCCGCACUGGCACAGCUACGUCCGCCUCCGGCUGAGGUGCGGCUACAACAACAGCAGCAACAACUACAACAACAACAACAGCAACUGCAAGUGGAACGGCAAAAUCGUCGCCAAAUGGGACGCAGAAACUCUUACGAUCGCGAUGUGCCCAUUCUGGAGGAGACCGAACACUUUCCAGCCUUUGUGCACCUGCUGCCCGUGGUGCUGCCGCCACAGCUGCCGGAGCCAACGCUGGAUGAGCUCCUGCGUCGGGUGACGCAGCGCACGGAUCUGGAACAUGUGGAAUCGGUGCGUCUGCGUGUUAUAUCCUACUCGGUGAGCCUGUCGAGGCUUUCGCUCUUCCUGCCACGUCUGCAGCAACUGGAUCUCAGCGGCAGUGUGCUGAGCUCUCUGCGGGAUCUCGGCUACGGCCUGACGCAGCUCAACCACUUGAACAUCAGCAAUUGCGGACUGAAUAGCUUCGAUGGCACCAGCGGCCUGCCAGCCCUGAGAGUGCUCAUAGCGGAUGGCAACAUGAUACAGCGCGUGGGUCCACUGACGGAGCUGGGCCAGCUGCAGAUGCUGCAGGCGCGCAACAAUCGCAUCAGCGAACUGGGCCUGCUCACGUUUCUGGGCCUGUGCCCGCAGCUCCAGGAGCUGGAUCUGUCUGGCAAUCCCGUCUGCCGUUUGCCACUCUACCGCGAUGUGCUCAGACGCAGCGUGGCCACGUUACAGCUGCUCGACGGACAGCCCAUCCAAGCUGAGAGUGAACUGGCAGCUGAGCCGGAGGAUGCGCACAGCUCCUUGUCCAGCGAUUCGGAGUCGGCACCACAGAACCAUCAGAAUAGUCACGCUGGAACUGGAUCACGGCCUGCCACGGCAUUGGUCACGUUGGAUUCGCAACGCUCCCAGCGCCAGGCAGCCACGUCCAGCACACCUGUUGCGGGCUCGGUGCUGGGCCUAGUGCGGCAGCGACGUCGACGCAGUGGUCAUGCCUGGGUCAGCUCCUCCAGCGGAUCAAAUAGCUCCAGCUCCUCGGCGGGCUCCACGCGUGCGCCCUCCAUUAGCUCGUGCUCCUCACACAGCAGCUUGGACUUGCACUCCAACUCCUAUGCCUUCAAUGCCCUUGGAACUCUAGAUUAGGUUGAAUAAACAGGAUAAAUAGUUGCUUACAAAACAGCUAGAAAUUUAUUGUGAUUGAGCUAAAAAUAUUGUAUAA